UUUAGUUUUGAUUAAUUAUGAUGGUCUUCUCGUUCUAAGAGAACGAGAUGCAAGAUGGUAUCAACCAAUAUGGUAUCAGCAUUCAUUGUGUUGCAGUAUUUCAUUUUUAAUAAUUUAUUUUGCACUUAUAGUAGUAAUGAUUGUCUUAUUGAUUGGUUUGCAUAUAAUAACUCAUGCUAUCUUCUCAGCAACGAUUAUAAAAAUUGGACAGAUUCAGAUUUAUUUUGUAAAAAGUAUGGAGGAAACUUGUUAAGUAUUGAAAAUGAGGAAGAAAAUUUUUUUAUUGUUUCAAGAAAAGUGCCUCUUUAUGUUAGUUACUGGAUCGGACUUAACGCUAUCCAAAAUAAUUCAACUUUUGCAUGGUCUGAUCAAUCACCUUUGACGUAUAAAAAGUGGCUCCCUAAUGAACCUAAUAGAUACACCCCGGAUGAAGAUUGUGUGGAAACUUAUUACAAUGGCUGGAAUGACUUACCUUGCGACCGUGUCCUUAAAUACAUCUGCAAAGCUGAGGCAAAAGCAAAAAGAUCUACAACAACAACAGACAUUGUAACUCCAAUAUCAACUAACAAUGAGGCUUUAACUUCAAAUGUUCCAGUAACAAUAAACAGUGCAUCUUCAAUUUUAAUAAACACUGAAACUUCAACUACAAAAGAUAAAAGAUCAUCAGUCACUGCUGCUAUUUCAAUCCCAGUGUCAGUUAUUCUUUUUAUACUUGCUCUCGUUGUUGUUUUAUUAAAAGUAUCUAAAAGACGAAAUAAGAAUCAAUCUUUUUGGGAUACAAGAUCUUACUCAAUGAAACAAUACUAUAAAAGCAAAAAGAAAGCAGAUGAAUGGGAAGUAUCUCAAAACAGCAUCACUUUCAUGGAAAAGAUUGGUGAAGGAGCACAUGGUACUGUGUUUCUUGCAAAAUUAAAUGAAAAGGUUUUUAUGAAAUCAAGAUAUACCAAUCAAAAACUUGGAACAGAAAAACAACUAAAGAAUAUCAAGGAAAAUGUAAAUGUUGCAGUAAAGGUUUUAAAAGUAAAGAAUUACUAUGAUGUUUUAUCCAAUAUUUAUUUUGCACUUGUACCUAACUUUGAAGGUGCAAAUGAUUCUCAAGUGUACGAUUUCUAUGGAGAAAUAAAUCUGAUGAAAGAAAUUAAAUAUAAUAAAAAUAUUGUUAAUAUGAUAGGCUGUUCUACAAUUCAGAAACCAUUUUUUUUAAUUGUUGAGUAUAUGCAAAAUGGAGAUUUGCUGAAUUUUAUGAGAAAUAGACGCAAUAAGCUUUGCGUAUCUAAGAUUGAUGGGGAGUCAUCUAUGAACUUUAUAUAUACAGCAAGUUAUCAACAAUAUCUUGAGACAGCUGAUGUGAAACCCAUAAAUUCACGUGUGCCAAAUAAUAAUUCUUUAGACAGCAAUGAAGCAAUAACCCCUGAUGAUCUGCUUAGUUUUGCAUGGCAGAUUGCAUCUGGAAUGGAAUACCUUUCAAGUAUAAAACUGGUACAUCGAGACUUAGCUGCAAGAAACGUUUUAGUUGGCGCUGGAAAAAAUGUAAAAAUAUCCGAUUUCGGUUUAACUAGAAAAGUAAACGAUGAACAAGUUUACGUGAGCAUGCACACUCGGCGUUUACCUCUCAAGUGGAUGUCAGUUGAAGCUAUAUUUGAUCAGUUGUUCACAUCUUUCAGUGAUGUAUGGUCGUAUGGUGUUGUCUUAUUUGAAAUAGUUACGCUGGGAGGUACACCUUAUCCAACUAUUGGUAAUCGUGAACUUCUGUCUCUUUUAAAGACUGGUUAUAGAAUGGAUCGGCCAGAAAAUUGUUCUGAAAUUAUGUAUGACAUCAUGCUGCACUGUUGGAAUGAAGAUCCUUUACAGCGACCUACUUUCAGAGAAUUGAGCAAGCAUCUUGAAGAAAUAAUAUCGCGAGGAGAACGUUACUUUACGUUUGACGUUGACGAAAAAAAUAUUUAUUACAACGUUGCCUCCUUUAAUAGUCUUCCCCCUGAAAUAGAUGAUGAUGUUUUAGAAGAUAUGUUAUUUAAAAAAACCUCGCUAGUAAUUGAUGAACCAGUUUUAAUAACACACCAGCCGUCAGCAAGGUACGCAAAUAUGGAAUCUUUGAAAUCGGUGCAUAACUCUAAAUCUGUAUUCGGUUUUAACAAUUUAGCAUUCAAUAAUGAUAUAUCUGAUACUGUUUACAAAGUAUAGCCUGGUUUCACGUGGUUUCCUAGUAAAGAGAGUAGUAACUGUGAUUUUAUAAACAAACUGAAAGAAAGCCUUUUUUACAGUAAAAUUUAUAAAAACAACAGUAGAUUCUUGUUAACUCGGA